GUUGUGGCUGGAAUCAAGUACAUAAUGGAAGUUGAGAUUGGCCGGACAACUUGCCAAAAGCCGACAGCUGAUGUCCAGAGCUGUGCUUUCCAUGAUGCACCUCAGAUGGCUAAGCACACCACUUGCCACUUUGAAGUGUAUGUUGUUCCUUGGCUAAACAAAAUUCAGCUUUUGACGAGCCGCUGCCAAUAA